AUGCAGGUCAUGCCGAUCCUCAUUGCUGACAACAUGGACGGCUGCAAGCCUGUAGAGAAGGAUCAGCGCGUAAAGGAAGUUCGGGCGUUCCGCAAGUACGCGAUGUUCUACAAGGGGCUUGUAGGCGUGUCGAGGCACACCGAGAAGUCCCUGGAUGACGUCCGCAAGUACUCGUACGAGAUGAUGGACGCUAUCGUGGACGCUUUCCCGGAUCCGAAUUCUGCGUGGAACAUACCGAAGGUGCAUCAGAUUGUGCACCUCAUAGACCAGAUUCCACUGCGUGGGAUGCCGUGGGAGUACUCCACGAAUCUCUGGGAGCACACCCACAAGGGCACGGUGAAGGUCCCUGUGCGCGGCAGCAACUGGAAGGACAUUCCAAGACGCAUCGUGGAAGAGGAGGUGCAGAGAGAGAUCACUCGAGAGGUCGCGGCUCUGGCGGGUGGCGGAAGGCAAUACGUUACAGCAUUGCGCGAGGCCGUGCGGCUUCAAGGGCACGUGCUGACACGGAAGUCGAGGAACGCCAACGUGAGCAACGAGGAGGACGCCGUGCUGUGGGUGUACAGGGAGGCUCUGGGAUCAGACAUGAAGGCGCUUGGAAGGUGCCUGCUGGAGGCCGAUGUGACGACAACCGAGAUCAAGGUCCGUGGCCAUUCCGCGAACCCGAGCUCCGAGCUGGUGGCCAAGGGCACAUUCGUGAAGGCGAGCCCGUCAGAGAACUGGUUCUCGGACGUGGCUGUGAGGAACCCGAAGGAGAAGGAGUGGUACGCACGAUGCAUGUGCGUUUUCCGUGCAACCAACUCUGAGGGGAAGGAGGGUGCGUACGCAUAUGUUAAGUACUACGAGGCUGCAGGAGAGUGCCCUAUGACAACCUGUGUGCAGCUAACUCCUGGGAGGGCUCACAACAAGUACGCUGUGGUAGACGUGGAGUGCAUCAAGCGCGUGGUGCACGUAUGCAGAUCAUAUGUGAACAAGAAAGUGAUGCUCCUCAACAAGUUUCUGUUGUGCGAGUAG